CAAACAAAGGAAAAUACAACGGUCAUAAACUACACGGGCGGGUAAUCAUAGUGAGACAAGCACGUGCAAUCCACGUGGAAAUUUAUAUCAUCAACAAACUCCCAUAAAAGUCAAACCAACUCCUCAACUCUUCUUCUUCCCUCUUUCUCUUCAACGGUCAUAUUUCACCGACAUCUCUCCAACGGUAACAUACCAUCUUUUAACUUAAUCUCAACCGUCCGAUUCCAAUCCAACGUUCAAUAACACUCCAAAUUCACACUAUUUCCCAUCAUUUUCCAGUUCUCAGUACUUAAAAAGCACCCCAAUUUCCGGUCAACAAAGUAGCUUUGAUAGGGACAGCUAUGGAAGUAGUGAGAGAAACAUUCAUAAAGUUGGGAAAUGUUGUUUCUUAAGUGAAUUUUGGUGGGGUUUUUGAUUUCUUGCUGCUUGCUAUGGAAUUCGCUGAAUUGGGUUGUUGUUGUUCUUCCUCUGUUCUUCAGAAAUUCUGCCUCAAUUUUGAUGAUCAAGUAUGUUUCUUUACUUCUCUUGUAUUUUAUUCAAUUCAAUUUGCAAUUCUAAGACUUUUCAAAUGAGCAUUUUUCAUUCAUAAUAUUAUUGGAAUCCGAUGAUUUAUUUCUUUCUUUGAUUUUUGAUUCAAUUUAAUUAGAUUCAUUCAUUAUUGAUUUUUGUUCAUAUGUUAUAGCUUUUGAUUUACAUCAUUAUAUGUAGUUAGUUCAAAAUUCAUUGAUUCAUUCUUAAUUGCACAUAAACUACUCAUAUAAAAUCACAUUAUAACCCAAUUCUUUGUAGAGAAAAAACACAUCACAAUUCACAAAUCACAUUUCACUCGAUUUUUCGCCUCAUCGGAUUCCGGAUUUUGUUCAUAGAAUUUGCACACACUCACCUACAAAAUUCACAUAGCGCACAAACAAACAUAACGGUUAUUAUACUACAAUAGUGCAUAGUGUGUGCAUGUUUUGAGAUUUUAGAACAGAGCAUACAUCAGAAAACAGAGUGUGUGAUAGAAAAACAGAGGAAGAAGAAAAAAAAACAGAGGAAAAUAGGGAAGAAGAAGAAGGAAAAGGUGGGUUUUAGUUGAGAAGAAUGUUGGCUGGGUGUUCAUCAACAUUAUUGUCACCAAGGCAUAGAUUAAGGAGUGAAGCAUCAGCUUGUCAUUAUCCAUUACCUUCAAUGAGCACACAGAGAUUGGAUUUACCCUGCAAUUUUUCAAGAAAAGAAGUGUCAGUCACUCGUCCGCCGCAGUCGAUUCGAGGGUUAUCAGUCGAGAAGCCGAUCGAAACAAAGGGAUUGAAGCAGACAAUCAAGGUACCGCCUUCGCCCGAGGGAAGGAGGGAGAUCAAGGCAGAGUUUUGGGGUGAAAAGGGGAAGAACUUGAAGAGGAGAUUCAGUGAUCAAGGCUCUUUUGAAGAAGAUGAUGAUGAAGAUGAAGAAGAAGGGUCUAGAAGAAAGAAGGGAAGAUUUGAUUUUGGAGAAUCUGAGGGUUUUUGGAUGCAACAACCUGGUUUUGGAGCGGUUAAUUACCCUCAAUUGCCUUUUUCAAUUUCUUGUUCAGGGGAAGAAGAAAGGAGGGUGUGUUUUGGUGCUCCUACUGAUGUGGUUUCGCCGCCGCCAUUGCCACCACUGUCGCAUAACCCUUGGAUUGGGUCUGGUGUUACUGAGAUCACUGAGUAUGGUGAGCCAAGUCAUGGACCUGUUACAACAACAACAUCAGGGUCAAGUUCAUCUUCUGAGAGUCACAGUUUGGGGCUUAGGCUCAAUGAGAAUGUUUCUGAGCAUGAGUAUGGAAAUGGGUCUGUGAAUCCUAACCCUGGUGAUGGUUCUAGGGCGGUUAGGACUCACAACGACGAUGAUCACACCGAGCAGCAAGGGUUCGAGCUUGUCAGCUUUCUUAUGAGUUGUGUGGAAGGUAUUGCAUCAAGGAAUGUUCCUGCAAUUAAUCAUUUUAUUGCUAAGUUGGGUGAGCAGGCUUCUCCUAGGGGCCGGUCUACCAUCAGCCGUCUUACAGCUUACUUUACUGAGGCUUUAGCCUUAAGGGUGACAAGGUUAUGGCCGCGAAUGUUUCACAUAAGUGUCCCUAGGGAGCUUGAUCGAUUCGAUGAUGAGUCCGGUGCAGCUGCAUUCAGGCUGUUGAAUCAGAUUAGUCCUAUUCCAAAGUUCAUUCACUUCACUGCUAAUGAGAUGCUGCUGAGAGCCUUUGAAGGGAAGGAUAAGGUGCAUGUCAUAGACUUUGAUGUCAAGCAAGGGCUGCAAUGGCCUGGCUUUUUCCAAAGCUUAGCCACGAGGCGUAACCCUCCUAGUCAUGUUAGGAUCACUGGGAUAGGGGAGUCAAAGCAGGAAUUAGUCGAGACAGGAGAAAGGUUGGCUAGCUUUGCUGAGGCAUUUAAUCUGCCUUUUGAGUUUCAUCCGGUUGUUGAUCGUUUGGAGGAUGUAAGGCUAUGGAUGCUCCAUGUCAAGGAAGGAGAAAGUGUGGCGGCGAAUUGCAUAUUACAGCUUCACAAGACCCUAUAUGAUGCUAAUAAUGGUGCAUUUAGGGACUUCAUGGGUAUAAUCCGAAGCACUAACCCUAUAGCUUUGGUUAUGGCUGAGCAAGAAGCUGAGCACAACGAGCCCACUUUGGAGAUGCGGGUUUGUAAUUCACUAAGAUACUACUCGGCCAUCUUUGAUUCAAUUGAUUCUAGUCUUCCUUUUGAUAGCCCUGCAAGGGUGAAGAUUGAGGAGAUGUUUGGGCGCGAAAUUAGGAACAUUGUUGCUUGUGAAGGGAGUGACAGGAUUGAAAGGAAUGAGAAGUUCGGGAAUUGGAAAAGGAGAAUGGAGCAAGAGGGUUUCCGGGGUAUCAGGAGGGACGAAAGAGAGGUGUUUCAAAGCCAGAUGUUGCUGAAGAUGUACUCGAAUGAAAGGUACAAUGUGGAACAGCAAGGGGAUGAAGGCAUUACAUUGAGAUGGAUGGAUCAGCCUUUGUAUACCGUCUCUUUGUGGGGUUCUGUUGAUGCUGCUGCAGGGAGUUCUUCCAGCUUUUCCCAGCCAAUUUGAUUCUGGUUGCUGAUGGAUUUUGCUCGAAGUAUAGGAAGUCGAAUUCUUUGUAGGUGUAGAGGAAUUCUUUGAUUCUUUCAUGCAGAUAAAAUUCUUUUUGUGGAUCAUAGUUCUACAGGAUACAGUUAGCCAUUUUUUCGAUACAGAUUUCAGUUUGAUUUCUUAUAUAGGUCAUACAUAUUUCUAGCUAGACUGUAUUGAAGCACAGUUUUUUCAUGUCUAUUCUUCAAUUCUUUUGUCAAAAAAAAAAAAUUCUUUGUAGCUGUUAUUCAGGAAUAUGUUUAUUCAUUUGUUAUUCAGGAUCAUAUGGAAUAAAAAUCAUUCAUUUCGAGGUUGUUUCAUCAUUGUG